CACUUCCCAGAAUGCAUUGAGCGGAGUUGAGGUUACAGUGGACAUGUGUGUCUCUCCACGGACACUACGUGUACUUUAGAAAUGGAGAACUUUGCCCUCGCUGUUGUGCAAUAAUCUCGUUCCCCCGCAGACACAUAGACGCUGUGGUCCCGUCGGUGUGGAUGAGCGACCUGCGGAGCCAGAAGAAGGAGGAACCCGCCGGAGCCCGUAGCCCUGCGCCGCUGGACUGCUGCGGAGGACUGGACAACGUGGAUUACUCCAAGAUGGACUUAACGCUGAUGGAAGAACUCCUUAAGAAUGUUAUCUUUCGGGACUCCAGCUUCUGCAUCGCCAUAAUUGCCAUCAUAUUCAACCCUCUCUUCUGGAAUGUGGUGGCGAGAUGGGAACAUCGUACACGGAGACUCUCCAGGCUCUUUGGAAGCCCUCACCUGGGCUGUUACUGCCUGGGCUUCGUCAUCAUUUUGCUCAACGUCUACCGUAGCCACAGUAUGACUGUAGCGAUGAAGUCCCAGGCCAGGUGGGAUGUGAUGGACAGAUCCGAGGUCUUCUACACCGGGGGAGCUCUCAUGGGGCUGGGCACCUUACUGGUUGUCAGCAGCUUCCUUGCUCUGGGAUUCACUGGAACAUUCCUAGGUGAUUAUUUUGGCAUCCUGAUGGAAGAGAAGGUGACAGGAUUUCCCUUUAACGUAAUAGAAAACCCGAUGUACUGGGGCAGCACAGCCAACUACCUUGGCCUGGCACUCGUUGGUGCCAGUCCUGUUGGACUCGUCCUGACUGCCAUAGUAGCUGUGGUGUACAAGGUGGCUUUAAGAUUUGAGGGACCAUUCACCGAGCAGAUCUAUCAGGAGAGGAGUCAGCGCCGCAAGCAAGAAUAAUGGCCUCGCGGACGCCUCCUGUCCAGGAUUCCCAUCCUGUCACCUGAACAGACAGACGGACCGAGCGUCCGACAGACUUCCCAGCAGCCUCGCUCACCAGUCCACCCACAACGUGGAUACAAAGAGAAGGUUCCCACCACAGCUGCGUCCAGUUCAGCAUAAACUCUCAUCUCUCAACUGUCCUUCCCUCUACAGUGCACAGCAAUUCAAAACAUCACAAAAGCCUAAAUAAUUCUGAAAAUGAUCUGGGACAGAAUAUUGGAACCAAUCCACCUUAACAGAGACGAUACUUUUCAUAUUUAGAGUCACUGGCACAGUUGGACUCGACCUUCAACCCACUGCCACCACAGUAGCUGACAGGUGGAAUCAUAGAAAAUACAUCAGUCACCGACGUUAUGUUCUACGGUAACUUUUGAAUCUUCACUUACUUCUUCCAGUUUAAGGAAUAAAAAAAGGAUGUUCUAUUAUGUGAGUGACCCAGUGAUGUAAACAGCGUCUUGAUCAUUUUCCUUAUUAUUCCAAGUGUUGUGUGUUUUCUUUCCACAUGUUUUACUAUGUGGACACAAACAGCAUUUUGAUUGGUGUUGUUAUUUUUGACAUUUUUGACAAUAUUUCAAGAUAUUAGUAAAGACUGAAACUGCGGGGGGGAGCAGCUAGGAUUGCUCCCAAAAUGAUUUUUUCACUAGUUCACCACAAGUGACAAGUUUUCAAUCGAUUACAGUAGAGCUUCCCAAACUUGUUAGCGCAGCAUGCAUGAGGCUUGAACCUCCAUUAUUCUUUCAUUCUGAGUAAAAACUUUUGAAGCAGAACAAAAAAAUAAAGAGUUGAGGAUCACAAAGUUUUCAGUGAUAACAACUCUAAAACGAUUAACUGGUGUUAAUUAUACAAAAUGUGUUCUUAAUGACUUUUUUGUUGUAACUACAUGAUUUAAUGUAGUUCAAUAUUAAUUUUUACACAAUGUUGUUCAUCGUUCGUUCACCCUGAACCUGGUCCUGCUCGAGGUUUCUAUGUGUUCCUUGUCACUGUUAUACAAACGGGUAACUUCCCCUAAGAUGUAAUGAUAUAUAAAUGGAAUAGACUUGAUAAUGUCAUGAUAUAUGACAUGAAUCCUUUCAAAUGACUGAAGACCUACACCAGUUACGGCUUUAUACUUUGUACCUAUGCAAACCGUUCUGAACUCAACAAGACACAUUGUCUGGUGAUGUACUUUAUAUUGAUGGGAUGGUUUUUGUGGAAUAAAAGUUUCAGCAGCAA